AUGAGAUUUUUAUUUUGUGGAGAUAGUAAUUGUCCAGAAUGGUUUUUGGCUGAAUCUGCCCUUCUAACUAAAAUAGUAUUAAAUAGAAAAUAUAAGUUCAGGCUUCUGUGAAAAUGAAAUUAGUGACAUAAUAUAUUUUAUAGAAUAUAGUCGAAGGUCUUGAUACUACAGCUAAAAUUUUUAAAAUGUUGGAAGGAUCUGGAUUUAAUUAAUAAGAAAUCAAUUCAACUAUUGCAUGUGUAUCAUUUAUAGUUGAAAACUCUGCAAAAUAUGAUGUUUCUGAAUAAGUACUUAUAAAAGAGUUGAUUGAUUUGGGAUUACCAAAAGAAAACUGUGAAUAAUUGAGCAAGACAUUUAAAUAAUACAAAGAUAAAUUGUAAUAGGUUUAUGAAGGUUAAAUAUUAAGAAGUAAGAAAAUAAUUAUCUAUAAAAAGUUGGAAAAACAAUAGAGUUUCAUUAUGGAAUAAGUAAAUUUAUUGUAUCAGAAAGUGUUGUCCCUUAAAAAUAAAUUGAGGGUAACAGAUUUAUAGAUACGAACAUAACAUUUUAACAUGAGAAUGGAAAAUAAGAAUGUUGCCAAUUUGUUUUAUUUCCUGAACAAUUAGAAGAUAUGCUAAAUAGUUUUAAGAAAGCAUAGAAAUUAAUGAUGCAAUUGUGAUUGUCUUUUAC